UCGUCUAUAAAACUCUUCAAAAUCAUCUCCAGACACAGGCAUGCUAUCCGCUCUUUAAUCAUCAAUUCGUACACAAAGUAGCUUAGAGGCACAGACAGUCGACAUUUCCACCAUUGCACCUGGACACCAUUCCUCACUUACAGCAAGUCUACGGUCACCCAAAAUGAACUACCGUGGCGUUGUAUACGAUGUUGGCCUUCACUUCACCGCAGACGGCCCGUCUGUAGAGCCAUUCGAUCCCAAACUCGUGGCCCACGACCUGAAAGUUAUCGCUAGCGACCUCCACGCCAACGCUGUCCGCAUCGAAGGCGAAUCUAUCCAGCGGCUCGCGGACGCCGCACGUAUCGCCCACUCAUUGGGCCUUGCCGUCUUUUUCAAUCCCUGGAAGAUGCACGCACCAGCCGACGAGGUGCGAACAUACCUUGCCGAAGCAGCGCAAGCCGCCGAAGAACUUCGUGGAGAAGGACUGGACAUUGUCUUUGUCUCGCAAUGCGAGUAUACCAUCUUCAACGAGGGUGUAUUCCCUGGCAAGGACCUGAUGGAGCGGGUCAAGUGGCUGAGCGAGCAAAUCAAGGAAACAUCCGAUGGCCUCAGCAUCUCCGAUUUACUACGCGAGGCUUGUUCAAAGCUCAACGACAUUCUGAAGUCGUUUUUGGAAGUGAUUCGCCCCGUAUUUCAAGGCCGAGUGACGUAUUCAGCAGGAAUCUGGGAAGUCAUGGACUGGACACCCUUUGAUAUUGUUGGCGUCGAUCACUACCGUCAGGGUGAGAGCGAGAGCAAGUAUCUCAAGGGGUUGGAAAGGCAUCGUUGCGAGAAGCCGCUUGCUGUCAUGGAGUUCGGGUGCUGUGCAUAUGAAGGCGCUGCACCACUCGGAGCCGGCGGCUUCAUGCCUCUUCAAGGAACCAACCCAGACGGUACCGGAAACUUUGCGGGGGGCAUACUACCGAAGUAUUCAGAAACGGAGCAGGCUGAUUAUGUCGAGGCAGUCAUCAGGCUGCUCGCCGGGGCGAAGGUGGACGCUAUGUUCGUUUACGUCUUCUCGUUCCCUACGUAUCGUGCCGGAGAGGGUGCGCGGAAUUUGGACAUGAUGUCGUUCUCAUUAGUCAAGACGUGGCCGGAAACGGAUGAGAGGUCAAAAGAAAUGCCACCGUGGGCACCGAAGGAGGCGUUUGGGAGAGUGGCUACUGCUUACAAACAGCUUGGCAAUUCCUGAAUUGUAGAAAAGGUAGAUAUAGUGAAUCCCCAAGAAGUUUGAUGUUUUCUCACCUCACACCACUAGACAAAAUGAUCCCAUAUCAGCGGAAUUUGACCUCGGGAAUAGCAGAGGGUGGCAUGCGCCAGUGACUCGGAGACGAGCCUUCGACAAUACAAGUAGAUUUACGUCGCAAUGACAAAAAGUCAAACAAGCAAUGAGUGGUUUAUGAAGAUAGUGGGCAGAUAAAUGCGUCUCUAACACAAUCAUGUCCUCAGCCCAUCUGUUUGAAAGACUGGUUGAAAGAUUAAGCACAGGUGAGUGGCGAGUGAGAUGCGCCGAUUCUCCGGUGGCCUGUACGAUGCUGAAUAAUUGUGCUGCGGGCCCGUCUGAUCUGUUCAUGCAGCAGUUGGGGUACCCCAACUCAAUGGG